CUCAACUCAUCCGCUGCUUUACACUGUACGUUCAGACUCACAGAAGAGAUGUGCACGGGAUAAAACUGCGCUCCUUUUUUUUGCGUGCACCAAAUUACAUUUUGCGCAUUGAAAACGCCGCAUUUUUAAGCGAAACCUCUUGUUGCGUUCCGUCCGCAUUUGUUUUUUACCUCAUUAUUAAUACUCGGGUAUUUAUUUAUUAAGAUGAAGGCCAGCGCACCGGUUCGCCCUCAUAAGGUUUCUUCAAGCUGCAGUCAGCUCUCCUUGCGAAAUUUGUCGGAGCGCAGCCAGUGCAAAAUGGAAGAGGAGGAUCUUUUCUGUCUGCAGUACGACAUGAACGACUGCUACAGCCGACUGAAGCGCCUGGUGCCCACUAUUCCGCAGGAUAAGAAAGUCAGUAAAGUGGAGAUCCUCCAGCAUGUCAUUGACUAUAUCCUGGACCUGCAGCUGGCGUUGGAGACGCACCCAGCUCUACUGAAACAGACGAGCCCACCCGCCUCCACACGGACCCCUCUCACACAAAUCAACACAGAGCAGAGGACGACGGGUGUCAAUAAGGAAGACUCGAUUUUGUGUCGCUGAAAUGUCGCACACUGGUGUGCACUGAACCCAUCCAAAGCCAAGCCCAGCUUCACCGGGGAAUCCAACACACACCAGGCCCGAUCACAUGGGAGGGAACAGCACUGAAACUAAUAGCUACUAAAUCAUAAUAUGUAAACAUUUUCACAUCAGCCGUCAACGGCGUGGUGAAGCCAGCCAGAUUUCUCCCUUGUCCAUUCUGUUCUCUCUCAGUGGAGGAAAUGCUAAAUUUGGACAAAUAUUUCCCACACCCCUCUUUUUCACCCCACCAGUGGAAUUCUGAUUUGAACAUAACUAAAGACUCUUAAAUCUAAUUUUACUAAAACAUCAAACCGUAAAGCUUUACAGAUAAAGUCUGGAAAUGUAAACAUCUGACAUCUAUUGUUUAAAAUAGGUGAUUUGUGUUGAACAGGGAUUUCCCUGCAGUUACGCUGUUUAAUAUUGUAAAAUACGACAAUACGUGUUCUGAAAUGAUACUGUACAUAACAAGACACAGGAUGUUCUAUAAAUGUACGUGUAAGAGAAUAUAUGUUCAGUUGACUGUAAUUAUUCUAAAAUAUUUUUUAUCCGAAAAAAAAGUGGUUUGUUCUGUAAAUAUUGUGUUUUCACAUACAGUAAAGUGUAGUGAAUGAGUACAUGAGGUUCUGCUAAUAAAGAUCUCACAUCAUACAAGUCAUUUGUUCGUUUU